UUUCAGAAGGUAGAAAUGAGCCAGAAGAACUCAACAGUGCCAUCUGAAUUCAUUCUGGCAGAAAUCACACACAAGCCUGAGCUGCAGGUUCUGCUCUUGGUGGCCUUCCUAGUCAUCUACGGAGUCGCCCUGAUAGGCAACCUGAGCCUCAUCAUUUUGACCAAGCUGGACUCUCACCUUCACACACCUAUGUAUUAUUUUAUCAGACAUCUGUCUUUCAUUGAUCUUGGUAACUCUACUGUCAUUUACCCCAAGAUGAUGGUGAAUAUAGCAAUGAAUCAAAAUGUCAUUUCCUAUUAUGCUUGUGCAACGCAGAUGGCGUGCUACCUUGUUUUCAUUAUCUGUGAACUUUUUAUAUUGUCUUCGAUGGCCUAUGAUCGCUAUGUGGCCAUCUGCAAUCCUCUGCUCUACAGUGUGAUCAUGUCUGAGAGACGCUGCCUUGCGCUGGUGAGCAUCCCGUACAUCUACAGUGUCUUCGAGGCUGUGAUGUUAACUACUAAGAUUUUUACCUCGACUUUCUGUGGUUUUAAUGUCCUUAGCCAUUUCUACUGUGAUGACGCCCCCAUGUUACUGUUACUGUGUUCAAAUGCACGGCAAAUAGAAUUGAUGAUCAUAUUAUUUUGUGCAUUUAAUUUGAUCUCCUCCCUCUUCAUUAUCUUAGUCUCUUACCUUCUGAUUGUACUGGCCAUAUACGGGAUGCAUUCGGCCGAAGGAAGAAAAAAGGCCUUCUUGACAUGUGGUUCUCAUCUGACAGUUGUGGUAAUAUUUUAUGUGCCUCUGCUCUUCGUGUACUUAAAACCCAAAUCCACCCACUCCUCUGAAACAGAUAAUAUAGCGUCUGUGUUUUUUACUUUAGUGAUUCCCAUGAUUAAUCCCAUGAUCUACAGCUUUAGAAACAAAGAAGUGAAAAAUGCCGUACUAAGACUCUUUAAGAAACGAUGUAAACUGUGUACUUAA